AUGUCCUCCCGAUUUCCCCCAUCGUCCGGGUUCAAUCCCCGUGACCGUUCUCCGCAGCGAUUUGGAGACCGUCGCCCGCCGGCUGGUCCUCGUGGUCCUGACGACGGGCCUGCACCAUUUGGUAGAGAUCCACCCCGUGGUCCUCGGGCUCUUGUUGAUUCCCCUCGUGGUGGCCAUUUUGGUGGUCGUGGUAGGGGUUAUGGCCGUGGUGACUUUCGUGACCGUGACCGUGACCCACGAGACCGCGACCGAGAUCGCGAUUUUCGAGAUAACCGCGAUGGCCCGCCGUUUCGCCGAGACAUGGACCGGGACUGGGUUCGCCGUGACCGCGAUUUCGAUCCCCGGGACAAUCGGAUUGGCUUUGGCCGAGGCCGCUCAAGAUCACCGACGCGCGACUUUCGAGACAUAAGGGAACCCCCGGGCCGCGAUUUUGAUCUGGUUCGGAUACGACGCAACUCCAGGGACAGCAUCAUAUCUGCAUCUUCGGGAGGCCCAGAAGGUCCCCCUCCUAAUAUUGGCCAUAUGCACCGGGGAGGCAUGCGAGGGCGUGGUCGCGGCGAUUGGGAAGGAGGCCGAGGUCGUGGUCGUCCACCCUUCCUUGAUGAUCGUGAUCUUUUCCGUCGCCGUAGUCGAUCCCGUGAACCAUGGCGUGGACGUGAUCGGAUGGUGGAUCGCGAUAGAGAUCGAGAUAUGGACCGGGAUCGUGCAUUAGACCGUGAUCGGGUAAUGGACCGAGAUCGGGACCGAGACCUUCCACGCCCGAGAGAGCGAGAUCGAGAAUUAGAUCGCGAUUUGGACCGUCGAGAUCGCUUUGACCGUCGCGAAGAUUGGGACAACCGACGACCUGAUCGCGAGGACCGUGAUCGCCCAGUGGACUUUUGGAAACGGGACCGUCCCCCAAGCCGUGCAGAUAGUCGCGCAGCCAGCGGCUCAACUACAUCCUCACAUGCUCCUACAGCACCCGGCCCUGGACCUGGACCAACCCUAGCAGAUCGUCUGCCCGAGCAUCCACAAGUGGAUCAUAGCCGGAAAUCUUCGACCAUUCUCAGCACUACGGCUCUGGAAACUACGCGAGAUUCUGAGGGAAAUGACCCUAUCGCUGUUCGCACUAGUGGUACUCGACUAGAUGCUGUUCGCCCUGAGGCUGUUCGCCCUGAGGCUGUUCGCCCUGAGGCUGUUCGCCCUGAGGCUGUUCGCCCUGAGGCUGUUCGCCCUGAUGUUGUUCGCUCUGAUGUUGUUCGCCCUCACGCUUCUCGGCUGGAUGCUGUUCGACCUGAUGCUGUUCGCCCUCAUCCUCGGCCGGCUGCUCCUCGAUCGGAUGCUGUUCGCUCUGACGGUAUGAAAAACCCUGGACCAAUCAUUCGGAAUUCACCACCCCCAGCCGCCCCCCAGGUGCCGGCCUUUGGCUCAGUGACUUCCCCAAUCACGAAUGCUUCCUCAAAUAAAGUUUUUUCAGACCAACGCACGGCACCCAAUUCUACUUUGCCCACAGAGAGAGACCGCUAUGAAGUACCGCAAAGACAACCGGCCCAACCCCCUACAGGGCCCAAGGCAGAAAGGAUCGAGAGCAUACAGCCUCUUGAACCUCGCAGCCGCCCUGAAAGACCCCGUGAGACUGGCAAGCACCAAGUUGUGCCCCCUCGCCUCUCUAAACCGUCUAUCAAUUUCCCUGAUGUAUCACCACCCACCGCUCCAGCUGCCAUGACUCGGCCAGAUCCGGGGGCAGGGCCUAACGAAGGAUUUGGGGCCGGAAGGUCGAACUCACUUACCUCUUCCCCCACUUUUUCACGAAUUCCACCGCCUGCCCCACGCGCAUUAUCCCGUGAACCCUCUAUGUCCCCUCAAAUGCAAUCGUCUGGCAUUCCAACCGGCCCUCGAGCAUUGCAAUGGAAGGCUCCCUCCCCGCGUGGCCGUAAAGGCAGCAAACAGUGGGUGCGACCGGGCUACGGCCGAAUACCCUCUAUUUCUAAUGCACUGCCGAAGCAAGAGCCUGUUGAAGAGAGCGAAGGUGUUUCCCCUGCCAAUGAAGCCACACGGCCUCUAUUAGCACCUGAGAUAGACGACCCCGAGAGUGGCGAGAUUCUUCCCCAUGAACCUGCGAGAGAACCCUCGCCUGUUUCCCCGCCAUUGAACCUCCCACCCCGGCGUAGUUUAUCGGCUGUUGACAUUCAAACAAGUGAUGCAAAUGAACCUUCUGAGAUGAGCGGCACUGAUAAACCCGCCUUGAUCCCAGACUUUGAAGGUUCAAGUGAUGAGGAAGAUGGGGAGAACAUUGUUUUCACCCAAGAAUAUCUUGAUGACAGGAAGCGGAUAUUUGAAAAAGAUAUGGAGUCACUGCGAGCAGAAUUGCCUCCAUCACCUUUGGAAGAUUCGGCCAUUGUGGCUCUUUUGCUAAAAAUCCAGCUACUUGGCAUGGUAGCCAACGAAAAGACAGUUGAAAACCCCCCCGAACCACUCGCCGAACCACCCACCGAACGAGUAUUAGAACAACCAGUGGAUCCUGUGCCUUCAGUAGAGGAUGAAGAGCCAGUCGACCAUUCAACCACUGAGCGAGUGGUCUCUUUUCCCUCCACACUACCCGAGCGCGAACCAGAGCCAAUUACUGAAACUAUCAUCCCCCCCAUGGUGCCACCUGAUGAGGUUACUAUCGAGAGUCUCCCAUUCUUGCACUCAGGCCCUCCAAUACCUAUUUCAGAUAUGGAUGUAUACCAUGAGAACAUUACGAUCCAAAAUCGUCUCAGAGACACGUUCAGCACAGAACUUUCGAAGGUGCAAGCGAGAACUUUCAGAAAAAAUGCACUCCUCAGGGACGAGUAUGUGUCUCACUACAAGCUCUGGCGAAUGGCUAUUUGGGAGCUCGAUCGUAUGAAGGAGAAGAAGUCCGUGACUCCUGGUCCAGCCUUCUCACCAAUAUCCACGGUUCCAACUACCCCGGCGCCCAUGCCGGAAGGCCGUGAAGGCCGUCGUUACAAAGGAAAUAGCGAGCUUGAUUUCCUCAAUGCUUUGAAGGCCUCCGAAAUCUCCGCCCAAGAAGAGCUUGAACGUCGACGAAUCAAGAUGGCCACUGCUCGGCCCGAUCUGGGCCGUGAAGCGAUCAUUCCGAAUAUGCUCGAACCGCGGGAGGUAAAGGCCCGUAUCUACAAAGAUGUGAACAACAACAUUGAGUGUAAUAUGGCUCUGGAUGUUUUCGGUUUCGUGCCGCCUCCUAAUGAUUUCACCCCGGAGGAGCAUAUAAUCUUUACGGACGCCUUCAUGGCUCAUCCAAAACAGUGGGGCAAGAUUGCCGAAUCUUUGCCCGGUCGAAAUUUCCAGCAGUGUAUUGUACACUAUUAUCUCACCAAGGAAGAGAUUAAGUACAAGGCCAAGCUCAGCAAACGCUGGAAUAAGCGGAGCAAGGGGACUCGAAAGGGUCCACGACCGAAGUCAAAUGCCCUCACCGCAGACAUGGGUGUGGUGAAACCUGACCAUGUGGGUGAGGAGGAGCCGCCCGCUGUCACAGACACCGGUCGUCCACGACGUGCGGCCGCGCCCACCUUUGGCGAUUCCACCGAGGUAGAGAGCACGCCGAUUGGCCGUCGGGGCCAGCUUGGCAAGGACGGCGAACCAGUGGAUAGACCUUCGACUCGGCGUGGCGGACGGGGCGGAGGUACUCGCGGUGCACGGCGCGUGAAGAGCACUACUCAACCAGAUCCGAAGACCCAUGUGGUAAUGCCACAGGGCAAUCUGCCCCCGAUUGUACCGCCAACACCACUUCAUCCUGGAAGCGAAAUGGAUUUGGCCUCGGAUCACAUAUUGGAAGGAUAUGAGGCCCGCGAACAAGAGCGUUCCGAAAAAGAAUCCAUACCGCCAAUUUCUCGAGGCAGGGUGGGACGUGGGCGAGCGAAGGAAGGAGUUUAUGUCUUCGAGUCUACUGAGGUUGAACCUUUUCUGGGAACUAAACAGCUUGAGACGGGAUAUGGAUCCUUGCAACCAACGAGUUACUGGUCUGUACCGGAGCAGCGCGAUUUCCCAGCGUUGCUGGGACAUUUUGGUCGUGAUUUCGAGGGUAUCUCGGGUUGGAUGAAGACCAAGACAACGGUGAUGGUGAAAAAUUUUUAUCAACGCCGCCUGGACUCGGGCCAGAAAGACUUUGAGUUGAUUCUAACGGACGCCGAGGAGAAGAAGGCUCGCGGUGAGGCCACAGGGCCGCUUCCUGUCCCAAGUGUUGCGCCAAAGCGACGAUACGAGGCAACUCCGUCUUCUAUUAUCCCUCGUCCACUUGCCCCUCAUGGGGACCCUAUGGCCGAGGUCGAUGAAAUACGAUUCCCUAAAGGCAAGCCUGUUGGUCUCUCACCGCAACCCAUGUCGCUGCAUGGACGACCUCUGUCCGACAAGGACCGGAAUGUCGGUCGCUACCAGCCACUGGCACAAGCUUCCGCUGCUUCACCUGUGCCGUCUACCGCAACUCUAAUCGAAGAGUCGACUCGGGCAAUUCGCGCGCAAGGAGGUCCAUCUCACCGCGUUCAGGGCCCACGCCUUGGAUAUUUCACAGAGGAUAGACGAGACUCUUCGGGAUUGCCCCAUGGCGCGUCUCGUGCGCAAGAACUAGCGAUUUCCUCGCGCCAUCCUGACUCCAUGCCGACGGAUAUGGCAAGAAUGGAACCCUUGUCCACACAGGGCUAUAUUCCCGCGCAGCAGCCAACUUCUCACCUUUCAUCAACCCACUCACGUCACGCCAGCUUAACACAAACCCCCGGCUCGCCAUCCCUGCAACUUAGACCCGAACUCGACAUCUCGUCUGUUCACCGCGAUCCUUUUGCCCAAAGACCUUACUACUCGCUUGCAGGUCAGCCCAUGGGUCUACCACAGUCGCCUCGUCCUGGGUUGUCGCCAGUGAAGGACGUCCCUCGCCCGAGUGCGACUCCCGCUCCCGACGCAACUCGUCAGGUGCCUGCAAAGCGGUCUAACAUCAUGAGCAUUCUCAACGAUGAGCCCGAAGAGCCCCAACCGCGCAAACGAUUUGCCAGUGAGCAGGCUCCAUCUGUCCCUGGCGCAACCUCAGGCAUAAACCCAAGGCCCAUAUACCAGGCUAGCGGACCCCCUCGCCAUGAAGACAAUAUUAUGUCAGGCAUGUCGCAAAAGCCUUCUGUUUACGCCCAGCAAAGCCAAUAUCAGCCGUCAUCUCGCGGCUACUCAGAGUACUCUGGCUAUGGUCCCCCUCAUGGUGGCUCGGGCACAUCAAAUAAUGACUGGAUGGCACGGUUUGAUCCACGGGCGCAACAGACUCCGCCACAGCCUCAAGCUCCAUCACUGCCACCACAACAGCAGCAAAGCGGCCGUCAGGGUUCGUAUUCAUCUUACGCGGCAAAUCCAGGCCAAUCCUCCUUGACGAAUCUUUCCGCGCCAUCCCCAGCGCCGACUCCGCCGCCAAUAAAUGCCUCUCAACGAUCGGCUUAUCCCAACGUUUUCUCCCAAGGCUCCUCUGCUCAACCACCCAUGGCCUCUGGCUCCCGAGAUAUGGCCUCGCAACCGGGUUCCUAUCGACAAGGGUCACCUGGCCCGCGUCCCGGUAUGGUGUAUGGCUCCCGACAAGAUCCACCAACGCCAGCGCAGUCUUCGGCUAGCCUGUAUGGUAUGCAUCCGCGGCAGUCAGCAACGCCAAAUCCAGUACAGCCACACAGUUAUCAACAACAUGUGCAAACAAUGGUCAGUGGAUCGCAUCAGCCGCAAUCCCACCGCUCAACACCUGUCAACUUACCAGGUGCUUCUUCGCAGUACGGGCACAACACCCCUCCUCCUCAGUCCCAGGCUGGCCGGUCAAUGGCAUCGCUGGCGAGCCUCGGUCGCUCAUACACCCCUCCAUCGGCUCUACAUUCCUCGAUGAGCGGGGGCACUAUGGGCGGCUAUGCCCCCCCUCAGUCAUCUGCGCCUGGAUCGAUACCGCCACUCCACCAACGACCUCCGGGAUCGCUUGGUGACCCUGUAUCCACCCAAACACAUCACCGUGUCUACAGCCAUGGGUCGGCUCAAGGCGUACUACCGCCGCCUUCUCAACCUCCUCGCUAG